AUGAUGCCAGCGUUUCGGCGUUCGUCGUCAAUACGAGAUACUCGUGGACACUCUAAAAGCGACAAUGCGGAGCUUGGAGAUACUUGUUGGUCGAGGAUUCUAUCAAAUAAUUUGGCCAUUAGAAUAGUCUUAGGCCUAAUAAUCGCAGGGGGUACAGUUUUCGUAAUAUGCUUAGGGCCAAUAUAUGGUUCAAUUUUGAUACUGUUGUUAAUCAAUAUGGCGUACUAUGAGAUGGUAAGUCUCUACGACAAAGUCAUUCAACAACACAAACAAGCCACGGGUGAGGAGGUCUCAUCGAAGACAGGUUCAGUUACGGGGAAGUUUAAGAAGCGUGUUCGUAUUUAUGUCAUAACCGAAGCGUUCGACGUGUUUUCAUUCAUAUCUCUAGAGACAUACUUCCUGCUUACUACGAUGGUUGGUAUAUCAUUUCCUUGGUUAUUGCCCCGUUUGGCGCGUAAGCACCCUAAUAUCGCACCUAUAUGCGGUUUCGUUCUGUCAUAUCACCAUCUUUUACUUUUUAUUUCCUUCUUCUGUGGUGUAGUCAAGUUCAUUCUCAGUUUAGAAAAGGGUCGUUCGCGUCAGCAGUUUCUACGUUUCGCGUUUAUUAUAAUGGCUCUUUUGUAUGUGGUCAUUCAGAGCAUGAUGAUAAUAGCAAAUUUAUACUACGGCAUGGUGUGGUUUUUGCUACCGCACGCGAUGAUAGCAUUGAACGACGUUAUGGCAUAUUUUUUCGGAAAAAUGUUCGGCAGAACUCCACUUAUUUCGCUUUCGCCGAACAAGACACUUGAGGGAUUUUUAGGGGCCUUCGUAUCUACAUCAUUGGUUGUAGGUAUGGUCACACCUACUAUAAUGAAUUUCCAACCAAUGGUAUGCCCGGUUAAUAACUUCGACUUUACACCAUUUGCGUGGAUGACCACCACUUGUGAGCCGGAAAGCAUAUACAAAACAUCGGCAUAUAUCUUGCCUACAUGGGCAGCUAAUGUUCUGGGUAUGAAGGAGGUUUUAUACAAGCCUUGCUUUGUCCAUGUUAUGAUUUUAACGUUGUUUGCGUCGCUAUUUGCCCCAUUUGGUGGAUUUUUGGCCUCAGGUUUUAAGCGCGCUUUAAAGGUAAAAGACUUUAGCGACACCAUCCCGGGUCAUGGAGGUAUGAUGGAUCGUUUCGAUUGUCACAUUUUAAUGGGCACAUUUACGUAUUUAUAUCUCAAGACAUUCGUGCGACGAUCAAACUACAGCCCAGAUGCCGUAAUGAAAGUAAUUGCCAAAAUGGCACCGAAGGAUCGAACGAUGCUUCUGGAGAAGUUGCAAGAAGCUUUUGGGUAA